UUCCCAUCUCACUAACAUUUCCAUUCAUACACCAGGCGCUCAUUUUUUCGCCCCUUUCAAAAAUAACUCACUGUCAUCAUCUUUCGGAAAACGGCUUUGCCCGGACGGGACUAAUUAUUAAAAAUUGAGGAAGGAGUGAUUAGCCAGAAUCGAAAAAAAAAAAAAAAAAAAAAUCCAAAUAUCGAUCCAGCGACCUGCGCAGCAGAAACGACAGGGCCCAUUGGACGCUGAUCACCCUUGGGCCUGUCUGUCAAGUAGACAUGUUUCAAACUGUCCCUGACACGUCGUCUUACGUAAAGGUAAGACACCACCGUCUCUUGGAUCAGGAGGCGCUAUCAGUGGUGAGUGAAGACCAGUCCCUAUUUGAGCCUCCGUACGCUGCUGCUGCCCCUCUCCCCAAAACAGACAUGACUGCAUCUGGCACACAGGACUACGGCCAGACCCACAAAAUCAACCCCUUGCCCCCACAGCAGGAGUGGAUCAACCAGCCAGUGCGGGUCAAUGUCAAGAGAGAAUAUGAGCACAUGAACGGAUCCAGGGAGUCUCCAGUGGACUGCAGUGUGGGUAAAUGCAAUAAGCUGGUGGGGGGUAACGACACAUCUCAGAUGACCUAUGGAAACUACAUGGACGAGAAGAACGCUCCUCCCCCCAACAUGACCACCAAUGAGCGGAGAGUCAUUGUACCUGCAGACCCGUCGCUGUGGUCCCAGGACCAUGUGCGCCAGUGGCUUGAGUGGGCCAUCAAGGAGUACAGCCUGUUAGACAUUGACACGGCGAUGUUUCAAAACACAGACGGCAAAGAGCUGUGCAAGAUGAGCAAGGACGACUUCCUGCGGCUCACCACCAUGUACAAUGCAGAAGUGCUUCUCUCUCAUCUCAAUUACCUCAGGGAAAGUAGCUCAUCAUUAUCCUACAAUACACCAUCUCACACAGACCAAUCCCCGCGCCUGGCUGCCAAAGAGGACCCUUCAUAUGAUGCUGUUCGGCGGACAGGAUGGUCCAACAACAUGCACAGCGGCAAAGGCUCACCAGUGGUUACCCAGAAUGUGACCAAGUCCACUGAGCAGCCCAGAGCUCAGCCAGAUCCUUACCAGAUUCUGGGUCCCACCAGUAGUCGCUUAGCUAACCCAGGAUCGGGUCAGAUCCAACUUUGGCAGUUCCUCCUGGAGCUCUUGUCCGACAGUGCCAACGCAGGCUGCAUCACCUGGGAGGGCACUAAUGGCGAGUUCAAGAUGACAGAUCCAGAUGAGGUGGCGCGGCGCUGGGGCGAGCGUAAGAGCAAGCCCAACAUGAACUACGACAAGCUGAGCCGUGCGCUGCGCUACUACUAUGACAAAAAUAUCAUGACCAAGGUGCACGGCAAGCGCUACGCCUACAAGUUCGACUUCCAUGGCAUCGCUCAGGCGCUACAGCCGCACCCCACUGAGUCCUCUAUGUAUAAAUACCCCUCGGACCUAGCCUAUGUGCCUUCCUACCACGCCCACCAGCAGAAGGUCAACUUUGUGUCCCCGCACCCUCCAUCCAUGCCAGUCACCUCCUCCAACUUCUUUGGACCCACAGCUCAGUACUGGAGCUCGCCUACUGCAGGCAUCUACCCCAACCCAAACGUCCCCCGCCAUCCUAACACUCACGUGCCAUCCCACCUCGGCAGUUAUUAUUAAAACCAACCAUUUCUGACCAUCCACGCUCGAAAGUGCCCCUUUUCCGAACAAACGAAGUCCACAGUUUUUUGCCUGCACUCAGAUGAUGCCAAACCAAUGAAGACUGAACUGACAGAGGUGCUUUGUUCUCUGAAGAAAUUCUGCUCCUGAAUGAAGGAUGAUUAAAUUGAAGGAUUUUGUUUUUUCUUUUUGUAAAAUUAUAUAAACAACUGGAUGCUACGGUCCAAAAUGGAAUACUACUUACCUUUACAAUACUAGUGACUGUUUGUUAAUGUUUUACAGACAUGUGUCUGAGUUUCCUGUGCCUCUCCUUCCCACCCUCCUGAAAGCUGCACCUGCAAGAAAGUAGGUGUCCUGUCUGAAACCUUGCCAGACCAAAGCCUGAAGACAGGAGAUGAACCCAAGCCUGUCUUUCUCCUUGCCCUGCUACAGUACCAGACAUGGGCCUAUUAGUUAUGGGUCUCAAACUACAUCCUUCUCAGUACAUUCUGUACAUUUUUGCUUUAAAGCAUCUGUCUUUUCUGCUCACCUACAGCCUCACUCUCACUGUCUCUGUCUGCUUGUCUGUUCAUCUGCAUCCUUUGAUGUGCGUGUGUGGAGAGUCUUCUUAAAUUCGCUGGACAAAGGGGAGCUCUCGGUGAGAUGGACUUUUCUCAGCACUGAAUGAAAUUUGGCAACUGGAAUAUGCCAUUCAAUAUGCCAUUUAAUUUAUCCUCCAAACUGGAAGGCUAGAGAAGAGGUAAAUGCCGGAGAAGGAAGCGCUGUAUGUUUUGCUGACCUGGGUCAACUCAAGAUGCUUAAAAUGUUUUUGCUGUGUGUUGCCUGCGGGGUUCAAGAUGGCCGAUGCGUACAGUCGACUGAGUCGGGGAGGCUUAUUCAAGCUAUAAUCGCAGCAAUUUGCUACAAUAACUCUACCCAGGUCAGGCUGUUGUUCAGUGGGCCACACACUAGGCUAUUAAAUGUCUGCCAUGUUGCUGCCUUUCAACCACGCCAUUUCCAGAUGUUUUGUUGCUCGACCAUGUCAGUAUUAAUGUGAAUGUCUUCUGGUUUGUGAAACAAGCGUAAAAAAAAAAAAAAAAAAAGAGACACCCUUUAGUGAAAUCAAAAGUUGUCAGAUAUGUUCAUCUAAAACAUGGAAGUGCCUUUUGGCAGAUGUGAUCCCGUGUAGAUAUUGUCUACUGUCGUUUAGUGGGUGGGUGAGUAGCCAUCGAGUUUUAAUAUGUGCUGUAAUAAGAAUUAAAAGCCCUAACUCACACAGACUUAGUGCCAUGCCUUAACUGCUGAUUUACACCAUAUCAUUUCUAUUAAUUAAAGAUGAGACGGCACUACAUCUUAAAAUACAUGCGAUAAAUUAUGCCACCAAAAAUCUGGCAAUUUUUGAUUUUGCACUCUGACAAUAACGGCUGCCACGGUGUCUCUUUCCUCUUUGUAGGCCAGUCCAGACCGUUUAGGUCAGCACAGAGAAGUGGCUUAACAGUAAGUCAAGUUGCAUUUUUUUUUUAAAUCAGGGCUGGAUCCUAGUUUGAGAGCAGCAUGUGUGUUUGAAUGUUAGUUUCUCACUGAUCUUAAAGCCCGACAAAAUGCACAUGAAUCUCAAGUCAGGAUUUCAUCAUCACCAUGUAACAGUAUGUCAAAAACAUAUCCAUCUUCAGGUGUUCAAAGCUGUUAAUAUCAAAAGUAUUCCUAACUGAAAAUGGACACUUGAAAAUGAAUUACUUGGGGCUAAGUAGUUUACCAGAGAACAAAAUCAAUAAAGUAUGUCGAGAUGAAACAAAGAAAUCCUCAGAUUCGCAAGCGCUGUGCGUUUGUCAGACCUAUUUUUUAUUAUUUUAUAAGCAUCAGUCAACUAGGCAUUAAAGCAACUUACUGUAUAAAUUAUGCAGAGUUAUUUUCAUAUGUGACACAGUAUAAAAAGUCAAGAGAAUUAAUACGAGUUGACCUCGGUCAAAAAUGCAAACCUUUUGAGUCCAUUUCUGCUAAGUAGUUUGUUGAGCAUUUGAAGCGUUUUUAUAUCUGUACAUUUGGGCAAUACAUUUUAACUUUUUUUUUUCUUGUUAUUGUUAUUAUUUCUGAAAUUCGGUUGUAACAUGCUAAGUGCCUCUAAGUGUAAAGGAUAUUUUCUUGUAUUCCCGAAACCACCCGUGCCUGCUUUAAUCCAAUAACCAGGGAUCUCUUUACUCUAUAUGCAACAUGUGAUAGCGAUGGAUCGUUUCCAUCCGUGUCAAUCACUUUUCAUGCCAAAUUUCCCUGGAAUUGUUUGCUUUUCCUGUGCAUUAAAGAUUUUUUUUUUCAGGUAUUUUAUGCAGAAUGAUACCAACAGUAUUAAUAUCCACAAACAGCUUCUAUUGAAGAUUUAUAGCUUUAAAAGAACAAAUUAAAAGGGAACAUUUAAUUUGUAGCAUAAAGAAAUGAUUAUAAUGUACCCUUAAUGUUCAUGUUUCACAAGCAUCAAUGGAAAGGGCUCUGUGCUACUUCAUAUAUGCAAUGUAUUUUGGAUAUCAAAUAUAUAAAUAUAUAAAUAUAUAUAUAUGUCUGUGUAUAAUUUUACAAUUAACCAGUGUAUUAUUAUUAUUAUUGUUGUCAAUCCUGCAAUGUAUGAAGUAAUACCUUUUGAAAAAGGGCUUUUGUAUAGGAAAAUGUGACAAAAUAAAUGUUUUUACCUCUCAA